UCAGAACAUAAAAUCAGAAUAAAAAUCAAAAAAAAAUCAGAACAAAAAAUAUUUUCCUUUUCAGCCCCCUCAGAACAACACCCCACCCCUCCAUUGGAACAAUUCCUUCAAAGUCAAUAUUUGCUGUCUCGCUUACAACCCUUUUUUGAAUUCGCUGCAGCCGAAACACAACAACGACGUGGAGAACUUGGUGGCAAACUAAACUUGCAAGUAAAAGAAUAUCAAUGUUCACCCCAGCAAGGAACACUAACUGUUACAUUCCCGAGCCAUCCACUCUCUCUAAACAACACUAACAACAUCGAUACUCUAAAUGCACCACAACAACAACAAACUUUAAAUCAUAUGAUUAAAAUGCAACUUCUUAUCUGCCCAAAGGAUUUGAGAUUAAUAACAAAAUUGGAUUAUUCUGGCUUCAACUGCCCACUUGAUUCUGAUGUUCGUAUAUUUGAAAGAUUUUUUGCUUCAUUUGUCGCAAAAGUUGAUAAUGAAUUGGCAGUCUUCUCCUUUACAAGUCUGUGUCGUUCUUCUACACCAAAAAUAUUUUCGUCAUUUGCGCGACUUAUGCAAGCACAAAUGGAGCCUGGAAAUUACCCCUGGCGUAUUGAGUUUGAAUUGAUUAAUAUUCCUGAAGAUUUUCAACAAAGAGAUCAGCAACAACAACAACAGAAUUUUCCAACUCAUCAACCAAAUUUGGGGCAAACUUUAAAAAAUGUUCAACAAAGCGUUGUGAUCAGCGACAUGAACAAACAAAUUACUUUUUGUUUAUUUCUUUAUCCAAACAAUUGUACAAAUAAAACAUAUCGACAUCGGAUUAAGCUUCGCUACUUAAUCCGAUGUCGAUAUGUUUUAUUUGUACAAUUGUUUGGAUAAAGAAAUAAACAAAAAGUAAUUUGUUUGUUCAUGUCGCUGAUCUUAAAUUGUAAUAAUUAUAUACUUUGCCCCCAAUCUCAAAAAACAAGGGAAUUUUCCGUCGAGAAUCUAAUGAGAUAUCUCAAAUAUCUUUGUUCUGGUACUCGUCUCUGUCCCUUCUCUAGUAAUA